UGUGACACCGGCGAGGCGGGACUCCCAAGGGGUGCGUCUGAUUGGUGGCAAAACCUAACGUGGCUGAAGGUGGUACCUUGCAGAGCGGCGAGCAGCGCUCACUGCAGCAGAGUCCCGCUGAAGCGCCAUGCCUCGUUUUACCGUCCACAUCCGAGAUGAGUGGCUGGCAGUGCCGUGCCGGGACACCACCAACACCAUCCGUUGGCUCGGGCAAGAGGCGCUCAAACGCUACAUCAAAAAUAAGCCAGACAACGGCGGCAUCGCGGCCGUGAAGGACACUCGUUUCGUUGUGCGCAGGUGCCAGGGUUUGGGCUUGUUGGACGCGGAUGACUCCAUCGAGGAUGUACUGGAGGAUAAUGACUUUGUCGAGCUUGCUAUUGAAGGAGAUACCAUGUCUCCCGACUUUAUCCCCUGUGAGCCUGGAGUUUCUCAUCUUACAGCGGCAUACAAAGAACCCGGAGAAUAUAUUUCCUUGGAUGGCAGCAGCCUGACAUCGACGGAUUUGGUUAACUUAGGCAGGGGACUCUACAAGAUAAAGCUGACGCCGGAGGCAGAAAGAAAAGUUGUGCAAUCCAGAGACCUUUUGGACACCAUUGUCAAAGAAAACAAAGUUGUCUAUGGAAUCACAACAGGAUUUGGAAAGUUUGCCCGAACUGUCAUUCCUGUCAGCAAGCUCAAGGAGCUGCAGGAGAACUUGGUGCGGUCACACUCAGCAGGUGUGGGAAACCCGUUAAGCCCAGAGAGGACCCGCAUGCUGCUUGCUCUGAGGAUCAAUAUUCUGGCCAAAGGGCACAGUGGGAUUUCUCUGGAAACCCUUCAUGCCAUGAUCCAGGCCUUCAACGCUUCCUGCCUCUCCUUUGUCCCAGAGAAGGGAACAGUGGGUGCUAGCGGAGACCUGGCACCCCUCUCUCACCUGGCCCUGGGGCUGAUGGGAGAGGGUAAAAUGUGGUCUCCGAAGAGCGGAUGGGCAGAUGCCAAAUAUGUCCUGGAAGCCCAUGGACUGAAGCCAAUAUCACUAAAGCCUAAAGAGGGCCUUGCUCUGAUCAACGGGACCCAGAUGAUUACCUCUCUGGGGGCGGAGGCCGUGGAGCGAGCCCAGGCGAUCGCCCAGCAGGCAGACAUCAUUGCUGCUCUCACCCUGGAGGUGCUAAAGGGAACCACCAAGGCUUUUGACAGUGAAAUCCAUAUGCUGCGGCCCCACCCAGGACAGAUAGAGGUGGCCCUGCGCUUCCGCUCAUUGCUGGACUCCGAUCACCAUCCAUCUCAGAUUGCAGAGAGCCACCGUUUCUGUGACCGAGUCCAGGAUGCCUACACCAUGCGAUGCUGUCCUCAGGUUCAUGGAAUCACCAAUGACACAAUAAAAUUUGUCCAGAACAUCAUCAAUACAGAAAUCAACAGUGCCACUGACAACCCUAUGGUGUUUGCGGAAAGAGGUGAGACCAUUUCAGGUGGGAAUUUCCAUGGAGAAUAUCCAGCUAAGGCCCUAGACUUUUUAGCCAUUGGGGUCCAUGAGCUGGCCUCUAUCAGUGAGAGGAGGAUCGAGAGGUUGUGUAACCCCUCUCUGAGUGAGCUGCCUGCCUUCCUCGUCAAUGAGGGAGGACUCAACUCAGGCUUCAUGAUUGCCCACUGUACCGCUGCUGCCUUGGUUUCAGAGAAUAAAGUUUUGUGUCAUCCAUCUUCGGUGGACUCCUUGUCCACUAGUGCGGCCACAGAGGACCAUGUGUCUAUGGGAGGCUGGGCUGCUAGGAAGGCCCUGAGGGUCAUAGAGCAUGUGGAGCAAGUUCUUGCUAUAGAGCUGCUAGCUGCCUGUCAGGGUAUUGAGUUCCUCCGCCCACUUCGUACCACCACUCCACUAGAGAAGGUCUAUGAACUUGUGCGCAGUGUGGUCAAACCGUGGAUUAAAGACAGAUUCAUGUCUCCAGACAUUGAAGCUGUGCACCGUCUCCUACUUGACCAGAAGGUGUGGAAUGUGGCCAAACCUUAUAUUGACAAGUAUCAGACAGAGUACAUCCCUGAGUCCCGUCCCGUCUCUCCGACUGCCUUCUCCCUGGACUCUCCAGCAUCACCGAGGAAGCGUGUCCGUCAUGAGUGAAUGCAUGUUCAAAAAAUGACACCCUUGUAGACUAAGGUCAUACUUUGAUUUCUGACAUUAAAGUUUUCAAUCCUUGAGGAUAUGUUGGUAAUUUAAGAAAUGGAUAUACUAUAUAUACGCUUAGUGGCCAUUAUUAAGGAUACUCUUAAAAUCUAAUGCAAUCCAAAACAACAGCUCAGCCACAAAUUUUUCCUUUACAAAGAUAAUAAUUAAUAAAAGUUUUGCUUGACACUGUCAGAGAGGUAUUCAUUUAACUACAUAUUUAUUAUUAAACUUCUAGUUUGCUGUGGUGUUGAACUGGACAGCAUUAUAUUUAGGUGUUUCUAAUGUUUUGCCCAACAAACAUAUGGGGGGGGGGGGCAGAAUAUUGCAUUGGAUGGAUUGCAUUAGAUUGCUUAAGUGUACCUAAUAAAGUGGCCAGGGGAGUAUACUUCUUUAGUAAUUACUGGGUGUUGAACCUGCAUAUACACUGCCCUACACCACUGUAUAUUAGUUGUAUUUAUCUUAACUUUUGUUUUCCCUUUAAAUGUAUCCAAUUUAGUUGUUAUUGCUACAUGACUACCUCAGCCAUUAUACCAUUUUCAUAUUAAAUCUUUUUUAAUGAUGUAGCACACACAUUGCGCUGAUUAAAUGUUGUUGUUCUGGUGCAAUUAUAUGAAAUCUUAAAUGAUUGUCAUGUAUACAUCUCCAACUUAGACAACAAUAACAUUUAUUUAAAAUGUGAUUUCUUUGAAUAUUUGCAUGAUGAUGUGCGUCCUGCUUCUGCUCACUAUUUCUGCAUGUGGUAGACAGAAGUUAAUUUACCUCAUGAUACACAGUGGCAGAAGUAGUACUCAAAUCCUUUACUUAUGUAAAAGUACCACUACAGCAAUGCAAAAAUAUUGAACUACAAGUAAAAGUUCUGCAUCUUAAGUCCUACUUGAGAAAAAGUACAAAAGUGUCCUCAGGAAAAGGUACAAAAAGUAAAAGUAUUCAUUCUUGACUGACAUCACUAUGACUAUAGGGGUGACUGUGGCUCAGCAGGUAGAGCAGGUCAUUCACUAACCAGAAGAUCGCUAGUUCAAUUCCUGGCUCCUCCAGUCCGCAUAUCAAAGUGUCCUUGGGCAAGAUGCUGAACCCCAAAUUCACAUAGUGUGUGUGAAUGUGGUAACACAUUUUGAGUGGUCAAUAAGACUAGAUUACUACUUCUGCUGGAUCAAUGUGUAAGCAGCAUUUUACUGUUGUAGCUGGUCAAGGUGGCGUUAGUUUUAACUACUGUAUGUACAGUUAGGUAGGUGUUUCCCAACCUACCAUCUGAAGGGUCACAAGAUAAAUCUGAGAGAUUGUGAGAUGAGUAAUGGGAGAGGAAAAAGGAAAAAAAAAAAGUUUAUAUUGUAUAUUUUUGGACUUUCCUCUAAUCCUUCCUGGUUUAGUGAAACAUUGGAUAUUUUACUUUCAUAAGUUUAGAGGGGAAAUGUGUCGUGGAACUGUUAACAACUCAGACAAUUAUUUACUUUCCACCACUGAUGAUACACUAACUCAUUUCUGUUUUGUCAUCAUGUUUACCAUCAUCAUGAUUCCUUUUAGUAGUAGCAGUGGUAGAAGUACUGGUAGUCGAAGUAAUAAGAGUUGUAACUGUAGUGUGUCACAAAGAUGUUGGGUAAUAUUACCAUAGGAAACCUAUGUGACAUAAGACUCUUUAAAUUACAGAAAUCCUAUUUUAAAAAAAAUACAACGUAGAAUGUAAAACACCAUGCAGCUACAAAACUUCAGAAAAAAGUGAUACCAAAGAAAAUGAUGUAACAGGAGGUGAAAGCACAGCAAGGGAUGUUAUGAAUCUUCAUUCGGUGUAGGUGAGCUGUUAUAUGCCAGCAGGUUUGUCUAACUAUCAACUGAUUUGACCAGAUGUCCCUCAUGGUGUCUGUCUGAAGGCUGAGAAGAGGAGCUCCUCAAAAGUGUGCUUUAGGGAAUAAGGUAAAUCCCAGGACUAUAAAUCCUACCACCGUCUAAAAUAAAUCAUGUGUUUUAAGUUUUAAUAUUAGUAGUGUAGACCGAUGUGUGCCUUUAUCAGUAGAGCUGCACAUAAACAUCCGACUAUCAGUCUACAACCCAAAGAUAUUCAGUUUACUAUUUACUAUGACAUAGAGAAGGAUUAAAUCUUUACAUUUG